AUGUCGAGUUCGAUGAGUUCGAAGUGGAGGUGGGGGCGAAGGUAUUCGACGUGGGGGUGGAGGUGGGGGCGAAGGUCGAGAAGGUCCAAAUUAAGGUUAAGCUCCAAUAAUAAUAAUAAUUUAUAUUUACCGGAGGAGUUGUUGGAAGAGAUCCUGUCAUGGCUUCCAGUUAAAUCAUUAUUUCGUUUCAUGUGCGUUCAAAAGUCAUGGUCUACUCUUUUCCGAAACCCAACUUUCAUUGCCAAACACCUUCUUCACCAUCAAACAAAAACAGAAAAUCCAAGUAUUUUGGUCAUGAGCUCUGAUUCAACAGGAUAUGGCUUCUCUCAGCACCCUUAUCCUGAUGAUGAUGCUGUACGUAUUGUGGACUUUUCAAAGGACUUGUGCUUGACCGUACUUCGUCGACAUACAUAUAUCAACCUGUUUAGUUGCAUCAAUGGUAUUAUUUGCAUUGGUUGCUCCGAUGUAUUUGCCUUAUGGAAUCCAGCAAUCAGAGAACGUAAGAUCAUUCGUUGUCCCCCACUUCCCCAGCGUCCUUUUUUUCCUCCAUAUAACUAUACAACACUUUUUGCAUUUGGUUAUGAUCAAUAUUCUAGUGAUUACAAGGUGGUUAGAAUUGUCACUUACAAAAAGAAUUCUCCACCUACCCAGAAUUCACUCUUCACAGACUACUACAAUUUUUUUCAUGUUUACUCCCUAAAUGCUGAUUCCUGGACCCAAGUAAUUGACACCACUAUUCAUCGUUCAAACCUUUGGUUGCUUUCUAAUUAUGCAAUUUACUUCAAUGGUGUUAAUCAUUGGCUCGGUUUCUUUGACAACGGCCACAUAAAUGAACUUGGGCGGAAUCGUGAUUUUGAGAUAAUUCUAUCCUUCGACAUGAGUCGUGUGGUGUUUCGAAUAAUGAAGUUGCCAGAUGAGGUGUUUCGAAAACUAAGGUACCCUGUGGACAGUGUUUCAAGUAUGCAGAGACACAAAGUUUUUUCUGUGUUCAAUGAUUGCCUUGCUUUUAUUUUUUAUAAGAUGGGUACUAUGACAGAGAAAUACUUUGAUAUAUGGGUGAUGCGUGAAUAUGGGGUUGAGGAUUCUUGGACCAAACAACUUGUUGUGGGACCCUUGUUAGGAAUUCACAGGCCCCUAAAAUUUUCCAAGAAUGGAAUGCUUCUCCUUCUUGGUGACGAUGGCGCAAUAGUCUUGUAUAACAUUGGUUCUAAAGAAAUUAGGAACCUUCAAAUUCCAGAGUUUCCGAGAUCAUUCAUCCCAAGAGAAGCUAUGGUGUAUGUUGAGAGCCUAGUUUCACUCAAGGGUGCCUGA